ACAGUUGCUUAAGAAUAGAAUUGGGUUUCAAAUCUAUCAUAACUUGAGGAACAUCUCCGUCCUUCCUUUCAGUCUCCUCCUCCUCCUCUCCUUUGCCUCCUCUAGUAAUUGUUUUUGAACAUUAUGCUUCUUAACACAGAUGAGGUGAUAAAGCAUUAACAUUAAAGGCCACAGUUCCACUUAUCAUUAUGAUGUAAUAAAGGUUUAGCUCAGGGGUUAAGGUUAAAGGAAAGAAGGCGAUGGUGCAACUUUGGGACUGUCAAAUGUUUUCACAGUUUAGGAUGAGAUACCAAAGCAAAGCCCUCCUAAAUUCAUUCAUACAGUUUACUGACUAUUGGCUGGACCAUACCAAAUUUGAGGAUUGGCUGGAAGAUCGCAAAUCUUUUGAUGCACUUAUCAGAGUUAAGGAUGUUGAAUAUAAAAUCCACAAGGUCAUGCUCUACAAAUGCAGUCCUUACUUCAGAGCUCUCUUCAAGUGCAGGUUGACUGAAGAUACGGUUUUCAACAUCCACGGCCUGUCUCCUGACACGAUGCAGCUCGUCAUUGAGUUUGCCUACUCGGACUUUGUUAAUGUGACUGAGGACAACGUCCAGGAACUGAUGGUAGCAGCCGAUAUGCUCAAUAUAAUGGCUAUCAUACAAGCCUGCUCUGACUUUCUCUGUGAGCGGCUCUGUGAAAACAACUGCAUCGGCAUCUGGCAGUUCACAAACAUCUACUACAGCCCCAAACUGCAGCACAAGGCCCUGCGCUACAUCACUGAUCAUUUUGAGGAGGUUUCUAUGUGUGAAGAGUUCCUGCAGCUCUCUGUGCAGGAGCUCGCUGAAGUCCUUGGUCGAGAUGACCUCUAUGUGAGCGUGGAGAGCAGUCUCUUUCUCGCCAUCUGUAAUUGGAUUGCCCACAAACCUGAAGAGCGAGAAAGGGACAUUGCUCUGCUUUUGUCUAAGUUCAGGAUGGCUUUGACAACCUUGCAGUAUAUCUUCACCGACGUGAUGUCCAGUAAGUUGGUGAAGAGCAGCGCUGAGUGUCAGCAAAUGGUUGUUGAUGCCAUCCAAACCAUACAGUACUUGCAAAGACAAAGACCCUCGAAUCCUGUUUUCCGCAACCCUCUCAUUCGUCCUCGUCUGCCCAAAGCCAUCCUGUUUGCCAUUGGAGGCAUGAAUGGUGAAGGCAUUAUGGCGUAUGAUGUCUCUGUUGACCGCUGGGUCAACGUGGUGGUCAAAAUGCAGCGUCAAUGGGCUUUUCAUGGCACUGUCUUCCACGACGGGUACGUCUACUGUCUUGGUGGCUCAGAUCGAUCGGGGUUGUUUAACAGAGUGAGCAGGCUGGACCUGAGCACACACAUCUGGCAUGAAAUGUCACCGUUGCUUUACAGCCGCUGCUACUUGAGUGUGACAGUGUUGAACGGGUCCAUCUAUGCCAUUGGGGGCUUUAACGGCUUCAGUCGACUCAAAAGUGCAGAGUACUAUCGGUCUGAAAUCAACCAGUGGAUUUGUAUCGCAUCCAUGCACCAUUCGAGAAGCGACGCCAGCUGCACAACACUACAUAAUAAGAUUUACAUCUGUGGUGGAUAUGACGGUAACGUGAUCCAGCAGACGGCUGAAUGUUACAACCCAGAGACCAACCAAUGGACGCUGAUCGCCUCCAUGUCCAAUAGGCGUGCUGGGAUAGGAGUCAUUGGACUUGCUGACCAUGUCUAUGCUAUUGGUGGCUCAAAUAGCAACCACCUGAGAAGUGUUGAGGAAUACAACCCAAGGACCAACACCUGGCGAUGGGUGACGUCCAUGAAUACAGCCCGCAGCAACUUUGGCCUCGAAGUCAUCAAUGACAGAAUCUAUGUUAUCGGUGGUACAAAUGGGAAACAAACCACCAGUUCGGUGGAGUAUUUUGACAGUACAACAUAUGAGUGGACUGAGGCCUGCAACCUGGAGAAACAAUGUGGUGCCUUGAGCUGCUGUGUGGUGUUUGGGAUCCCCAACAUGGCUGAGUAUGCUGUCCUUCGUGACUCGCUGCCAUUUUUAGACUUGAGGGGCAAGAUGGUGGAAGACGCCCCGUGACACUGUCCAUAAACCAUGUCUCCUAAAAAAUAAAUAAACUACAUUCUCAGUUAAAUCCU